AUGCCUCCUCCAGAUGCCGGGAUAGGGGCACCAGCAGCAUCAGCUGCUCCCGCCGCCGCCGCAGCAGUCCCCAAGCAGGUCGUCAAUGAUCCUACGCGCACCGGCUUCGACCCCCAGACCAAGUGGUGGAUGAACUACUUCCGCAUCCUCUCCAACCAGAUGACGCCCGAGGGCCAGUUCCACUACCGUGAAUGGCGCUACAAGGUGCACGAGGAGCGCGACUGCAAGCGCUGCGAGGACCACCGCAACUGGCUCUUUGCCUACUCCCCCGUCGUCCGCUUCCUCCAGGGCAAGAUUGCCGACCUCGGCGGCCGCCUCGACGCGUCCAACGUCGUCUGCCGGCGCUGUCCCGCCCGCCUCGAGGACGACGGCCAGGUCCACCGCCAGUCGGGCGGCUUCAGCCCCGGCCACGGCAUCCUGCUCUGCGCCAACGAGAUCCGCGACCGCAAGCACCUCGAGGACACCCUCGCCCACGAGAUGGUCCACGCCUGGGAUCAUCUGCGCUGGAACGUUGACUGGAUGGGCGACAAGGACCUCAAGCACGCCGCGUGUACCGAGAUUCGCGCAUCUAUGCUCAGCGGUGAAUGUCGCUGGACUCGCGAAGCCUUUACCCGCGGCAACUGGACUCUCACACAGCAGUUCCAAAACUGCGUCCGCAAGCGUGCCAUCCAAUCCGUCAUGGCCCGUCCCCGGUGCAAGGAUGAUGUCCAAGCCACGCAAGUCGUCAACCAGGUCUGGGACUCGUGCUUCUCGGACACCAGACCAUUUGACGAAGUAUACCGAUAG